UCGAAAGGGGUCAACUGGUGUAGCGAAAUCUCGCCAAAUCUCACCUCGAAAAGCGAGAAUAACAGCUGACGGAUGUAAACAUGGCGGAAUUGGAGGACGACCUAAAUCGUGUCUCAGUAGAACUUGAGAGUCCUUUAUUGGCUGAACAACAGCCAAGUCAGAGCUUUAGAACAGUUAGGAGUGACUAUCUGAACAAUGACUCUGUUGCUACCAGCCCAGGUUUUGUCUCCAGACAGACCUCUUCACUCUCUGUGCCUGCCAUUGGAACCUCCCAAGACUGGGAGCUCAACUACAGAGAGGCAGCCAUUUAUCUUCAGGAGGGGGAGAAUAAUGACCGAUUUGACACCCAUCCAAGGAACCAAGAUGCACUCCCAGCCUAUGUCAUGGUCCAUAACUUUUACUUUUACAUCAUGGACUUAGCAGCAGCCAUGUUGGUGCUACUUCUUGCGUUGGUUGAAGAGCCAGCUGUUGAUGCACUACAGCUCCAGCCGAUUAUCCAUGCAUCUUUGGAACUCUUUGGACUGACAAUUAUAGCACUUGGUCUUGGUCUUAAAAUGAGAUGGAUGGGUUUAAAGUCUUUUGCCAAACAUAAAAGAACAUUACUUAAGGCUAUAUUUCUAUUAGUAAUGUAUAGUGAAGCCUUGGUAGUGAUAGUAAGACAGCAAUCUCAUUUCAGAGUUACCAGAGCAUUAAGACCAAUCUUUCUCAUUGACUGCCAUUACUGUGGAGGAGUCAGAAGAGUUCUACGUCAAAUCAUCCAGUCAUCACCUCCUAUCAUUGAGAUGUUGUUCUUACUAGGCUAUUUCAUGCUCAUCUUCUCUAUAUUGGGUUUCUACAUAUUUGUGAAUGUGGAGGAUGACAUUUAUUUCCAAACUCUGCAAGAUAGCUUUGUAAAUCUCUUUGUGCUUAUGACCACUGCUAACUUUCCUGAUGUAAUGAUGCCUGCCUAUAAUCACAAUCCAUGGUCUGCAAUCUUCUUCAUCGUCUUUCUCGUUCUAGAACUUUAUUUCUUAAUCAAUCUGCUUCUUGCUGUUGUGUAUGAUACAUUCACUGGUAUUGAGAAGAAGAAAUUCAAGAAGCUCACACUUCACAUGCGGAAAGCAACCAGCAAAGCAUUCAGAUUAUUAUGCAGUAGAAGGCAUCCUGGUAAAGUGACCUUUGCUCAUUUUGAAGGUUUGCUCAAGUACUAUUCUCCUAACAAGAGUAAAAGAGAUGUCCUACUCACAUUCAAGACUCUAAACACUAGUGGGUCAGGCAAGUUAGAUCUGCAGGAAUUUCACAAUGUCUUUGAAGUGUCGAGGUUAAAAUGGAAGUCACAACGAGAGGAGAGACUCUGGUUUGAAUCCCUUCUCAGUCCUAUGGAUGUUCCCUUUAGAUUAAUUCAGAAGAUGGUUUCAUCAAGAAUAUUUGAAGCAAUUGUAUAUAUCAUCAUUGCAAUCAAUGGUAUAGUCUUUAUCAUCAAGACCAUCAUAGCAUCAAGGCACACACUUUCAGAGGAAUAUGAUGUAGCUUGGUAUGACUGGUUUUUUGUUGGAUUUUAUGUCAUGGAGGCCUUGCUCAAGAUUCUUGGUUUUGGACCAAGAUGUUACUUCACUGUAGGUUGGAAUCUGUUUGACUUCAUUAUCACUGUCACAGCUUUCAUUGGUGUUGUCACACAAGCAGCAGAUAAAAACUUCCAGUAUAUCAUCAUAUUGAGACCUAUAAGAUUACUUCGAAUAUUCAAGAUUAACAAGAGAUAUCGUGAUGUAUUUGGGACAUUAUAUGAACUUACACCAAGGAUGGCAAGUGUUGGAGUCUGUCUGCUCAUUAUUUAUUACUUCUAUGCUAUCAUCGGUAUGGAGUUCUUUGCUGAAACUAAAUUAGAGAAUUGUUGCAGGAAUGAUACUUUUGCAGAUUACUAUAGCAACUCUUCAAGAUACAAGGAUUAUUUCUAUUUAAACAACUUUGAUGAUAUACUGAGGAGUUAUGUUACAUUAUUUGAAUUGACUGUUGUCAACAAUUGGCAUAUUAUAAUGGGAGGAUAUGCAUCUGUUGUUUCAGAAUGGAGCAGAAUAUACUUCUUUCUUUUCUACCUAUCUAGUAUGGUAGUUGUAACCAUAGUGAUAGCAUUCAUCUUAGAAGCCUUUCUCUUCAGGAUACAAUAUCAUCAAAGAAAAGCAGAACAAACAGAUGAGAAUCAGAUAGAUGAUGGUGAAUCUGAAUCUAUUGUUGAAGUAGCGAUGAGUCUGACUGCUGAUGAAGUAGAUGAAUUCUUCCCCAGAGCUCGGGCUGAUGUGAGUCUAGCUCUCCUGCUAGGAAACCUUCAUAGAGGGGGUACAAUAGCCUACAGAGGAACAAGACAGAGAACUAAAGCUGACCUAAGCAAGACAAUGUAUGCAGAGGAAGUCAAGGAAUGGAUCAAGGAAGCAGACAGAGAACAUCACCAGGACCUCCAGAACUUUGUCCGUCAGAUGAGCCGUAAUACCCUCCUCACGGAACUUGGUGAUUCAACCACCUCCACCCCAACUGAUGAUGGAACCACACCCACCGCUCCACCCACUGCCACGCCCAUUGUUCAAACCUCCACCGCCACUGCCAUGCCAGCGAGGAUGAAUCCAUUCCUAGGGAGGCCCCAGCCGAUGUCUACACCCAACCACCAUACCCCUACUAAGGGUAAUCCCAGUAUUAACAAGGAAGUGAUGUCUGAACAGCAAUAUGAUGAUAGUGAUGAUGAUGAUAUUCUUGGAGAUGAAUUAUGAAAUGACUCAUUAACAUCUCAUCUGAUCAUCAUGCAGAAUCAUUGUGUAUUCAAGAAUUAAAACAGAUUUGAUUAUAACAAUAGCUUGUAACAUGCAAUCAGUUACAUGUUUAUCAAAUACUACCCAGAUUUCACACUAAGAAAAGUUGAUGAAUAGAAAACAAAAUCACAUUUCAUUUUUCAUCUAGCUAAUUGAUAUCAGAACUGACUGCCUAUGAGUAUCAGAUAUCCAAUUGUUCUGGCAUCAAAUGAAUGAACUUUUUAGAUGUGCUGUUAUAAGUUUGUGUGAAAAGCUCUUGUGAGUUAAUAUUGAUAACUCUACUUAAAAGAGUUAUGAUAUUUGAAGCCAAAGUGUAUUUGCAAGCAACCUCAGGCUGUAGGAUAUUGUAAUCCUAAAACAUUUUUCUGAAAUACCUGUUUAUUUUAUGUGUUCAUUGAAGUAAAAAAUAUUGAUUGAUAUUAACUCAUAGUGAUGUACUAAAGAAAAUAUUUUAUGUUCAUUGAGAAAAAUUCUAAUAACCCUUAAAUAUGGUGUGAUUUCAGUGUAAUUCACAUUUUCCAGCCUGAGUUGACAUGGGGAUAGUGCUCAAUUUGGUAAUCUAAUGACUGCUGAAUUCUGUAAUUAUCAUUUUCAUAGGGACUAUCAAGCCCCCAAUAGGAAACAGAUAAAUAUUGGUGUAUCUAUAGUUGUCGAUCAGUAGAUAAAGAAUUCUUCUCAUUUGAUGUGGGUUGGAGUCAUUCUCAAUGUAAUAGUGUAGAUAGAUGGACUGCUAUGAAAGGCAUCAGUCAUUUCUAGAGGCUCAAGGGCACCGCAGCACAACUAUGACAGAGGGCAUGGUCAGGUCAGUGUGGUACUUGCAAGCAGAAAGAAGCAACCAAGUCUGUACUAUCAAAGCAGUCCAUAUAUCUUUUAUAAAAUUCAAAUCUGUAUUUUGAUCCAUCUCAAUAGCACUGCUAUGCUAAACAUUGCCAAUGUGUUUGCAUGUCCAAAAGUUUAUCAAUCUCUUGUACAUUUAUGAAACACCCACCCUGCCAAAUUAACAUAUCAAGGAGACCUAGGCCACAUUGGAUAAUAUUUACCAUUAUUGUAACUUUGCUGUCUAGUGGUAACUUUCACAGCAGCGUGGUAUUACAUCAAAUCAAACUCAAGGACGUUAUCAUUGGAUGGCAGUUUCCAUAGUAACUACUAUGUGACAGUGCUCUGGUCCUGAUAUUACUAAAUAAUCACUGUUACUAUGUACAGUAAUUCCUGCUAUAUUUAUAAUCUCCGCAGAGAGUGGUUAAUGUCUGCAUUUGUUCAUAUUAUGAAGUCCAGUUUAAAUUGGGCCAUGGUCUUAUCAACUAAAUUAUUGGGAAGCCAACAAUGUCAAAAUUUUGUUUACAUUGGGAUAUAGAAUGCAAAGAACAAUACAAGAUGGCACCUUGAGAAGAAAGAUCACAUGUAAGCUCAUUGAAAGGUUGGGAUUGGAACGGUUGUAGAAGUGGGAAAGAGAAGCAGUCUGGGAUUGAUGGGCCACAUGUUGAGGAGAUGAUGAAUCUGUGAAAAGAUCAUGUGACCUGGAAGUAGAUGGCAUAAGAGGAAAUGGAAGACCAUAGAUUACAUUGGAAGAUAUGGUAAAGAAGGAAAGCACUAAGGUUAUCUGUACGAGGAGGACGUCCAAGAAAGAAAGAAUAGGAAGGCGUGUCAUCAUUCCACAAGAGUCGGUAAAUGCUGACUGAAAUAAAAUGAUGAUGAUGAUGAUGAAGUAUUGCAUGUUUCUUAUUUUACUCUGCUCUUUCCUGGUACUUUAAUGAUAAAGGAAGCUAUUUUCUUAUUGCCAGAAAGUUAUGGAUGAAUUGAGUAUCAAUUGAGCUGACAAAGUGAACCUGUAUUGUUGCAGAUUUGUGUCACAGUUGGCUCUCCAUAGUUAAACCACAGCUUUAGAACAGGGUUGAAAUUAAACCAGAGUUCAUAAUAUGUUUCAUUGUGUUUGGCAAGCCUGAAUUCAAUGGCAAGUGUAUUUAUAAAUAUAUCACCAUCAUGCUCUGUUUAAAGAACAGAUGAUUAUCAGUUUUUGUUAAUGCCAUAAUUACAUGAACUACUUGUACAUGUAUCUGAAUACCAAGAGUCUGAAGUAGUGACAUAAUUAACCAGUGUAAGGAUAUUCUUGAUCUGUAAAUACAUGAACAACUUAUUUAUUAUUACAACUCAGAAUAUAUUUUAGUUCCUAAGUACAACUUUUUGAUAAGUAAAGAACAUUCAUUACAGAAAAACCAGCAGACUAUUUCAGUGUACAGUGUAUAUAUACGAGUCUGAAUUCUCAUAGUACUUCAUGUUGCAGCUUAAUUUCCCUUUUGGGGUGGGAAUCAUUGUUUUAGGAUUUUUUUUAUUUUUUCAGAAGGUUUUCCCCCUUUUUCUAUUAUUUUUUGUAAAGAUUUCAGCCUUUUGAUUAUUAUGUGUAUCAACAUUGUUUCAAGUCAGUGGCAUUAGAGUGUACACCUGUAACAUAAAAGUCCGAGUUCAUGUGAUUUUACACUGAUGUGAACCCAACAUUCAGUAAAUACUAGCAAAUACAGUAUGCAAAUUCUAGAAUUUCACUUGUAAGUGGCAGUGGCAAUGCUGAUAAGCUGUAAUCUUACUCAAAGUAUAUUUCAUCUUUCUUAUUAAUGGUGCAAUGCAUGUCUGUUAAUGUUUGUAAUUUCUUAUAAUGUGAAAAGAGUGCAGUGAAACUCAUUGUCUGUCUUUAUCUGUCAAGCAUCAUAAAAUAAGGAGGUGCUGCUCUCUAAA